AUGGAGUCUUUCGCUGCUGACACCAACUCAACUGACCUACACUCACAGCCUCUGUUUAAACCCCAAGACAUUGCCUCCAUGGUCAUUCUCAGUCUCACGUGUUUAUUGGGACUGCCAGGCAAUGGGCUGGUGCUGUGGGUCGCUGGCGUGAAGAUGAAGAGGACCGUGAACACAGUCUGGUUCCUCCACCUCACCCUGGCCGAUUUCCUCUGCUGCCUCUCCUUGCCCUUCUCCGUGGCUCACCUGAUCCUCCGAGGACACUGGCCCUAUGGCUUGUUCCUGUGCAAACUUAUCCCGUCCGUCAUUGUCCUCAACAUGUUUGCCAGUGUCUUCCUGCUUACUGCCAUUAGCCUGGACCGCUGUCUGAUGGUGCACAAGCCAAUCUGGUGUCAGAACCAUCGGAGCGUGAGAACAGCCUUCGCCGUCUGUGGAUGCGUCUGGGUGGUAGCCUUUGUGAUGUGUGUACCAGUAUUUGUAUACCGUGAUCUGCUCGUUGUGGAUGAUUACAGUGUAUGUGGCUAUAACUUUGAUUCCUCCAGGGCAUAUGAUUAUUGGGACUACAUGUACAAUUCACACUUACCAGAAAUCAACCCUCCUGACAACUCCACUGCUCAGCUACCUGGACAUGUGCAUGACAGGACAGCUCCUUCCUCUGUACCAGCAAGGGACCUUUGGACAGCUACCACUGCUCUCCAGUCACAAACGUUCCACACAUCUCCUGAAGACCCAUUCUCUCGAGACUCAGCAAGUCAGCAACCCCAUUAUGGGGGGAAGCCUCCUAAUGUGCUCAUAGCCACCAUAGCCGGCGGGUUUCCUGUUGAAGAUCAUAAAUCCAACACACUGAACACUGAUGCUUUUCUCUCUGCCCACACAGAGCCGUCCCUCACUGCUUCUAGCAAUCCUUUAUACACCCAUGAUUUCCCGGAUGAUUAUUUUGACCAACUGAUGUAUGGCAAUCACGCGUGGACACCUCAGGUGGCGAUCACCAUCUCGAGGCUGGUGGUGGGCUUCCUGGUGCCCUUUUUCAUCAUGAUAACCUGUUACAGCCUCAUCGUCUUCAGAAUGCGAAAAACCAACCUCACCAAGUCGCGGAACAAAACCCUUCGGGUGGCCGUGGCGGUGGUCACCGUCUUUUUUGUCUGCUGGAUUCCAUACCAUAUUGUCGGAGUCCUGUUAGUGAUUACUGACCAAGAAAGCGCCUUGAGAGAAGUUGUGCUACCCUGGGACCACAUGUCCAUUGCUUUAGCAUCUGCCAAUAGUUGUUUCAACCCUUUCCUUUAUGCCCUCUUGGGAAAAGACUUCAGGAAGAAAGCAAGACAGUCCGUAAAGGGCAUUCUGGAAGCAGCCUUCAGUGAAGAGCUCACGCACUCUACCAGUUGUACCCAGGACAAAGCCCCCUCAAAAAGAAACCAUAUGAGUACAGAUGUGUGAAGAUGCUGUGCUGGGGACCUAAGCAGAUGUUCUGAGGUGAAUACUGGUGAUGGAUGACCUGUGAGCGGGACACCUU